AUAACAUGACCAUAUCGGAGACAAAACAGGCAGAAGUUAACAGGAAAAUCAUAAUUCACCAAUCACUUUCAGAUCAUCAGGACAAUCAAUUAAAUUUCAAGUAGGGCAGCAAUUACACAGGUUAAAUUCAACAAUUAUAUGGGUGAAAUUGGACUUAAAGGAAGUUGUCCAUCAUACUAGAAAAUUCCGGCAAGCUGAAACCGGAGCUGGCGGUGUGGAGGGCUGGCAGGAAUUGGAGAGAACUAACACAAAAUUGAAGGAAAAAAAAAAAAGGAAACUAGAGUAACCCAACUUGAAUCAAGGCUAAAGGGAUGAUUUCAUGGUUAAUUCAUACCAGAAAAUUGAAAUUACACACCCAUCGGCAAGAGCAGCUCGUGAACAGGGGAAGGGAGCAGCUGCAGAUCUGAAAAUUCCUUGGCUUUAGAGGGUGUUCUAGGCCCUAAAUCUUGUUCUUGAACAAGAAAAGUGGAGAAAAAUAGCAAGCUUUUGCCAAUUCCUCAAGAGAGGAUUGUCGGUAGCUUAGGGGGGCUUGUCGGGGAGAAAAAGAAGAAGAGCAGGUCGCGGGUUUGAUGAGGAAGAAAAGAAAGAAAGAAAAAGAAA